AUGGGUGAAUCCAGACAAGAACUGGUCUCCUGGCUUAACCAGCUCCUCCAGCUGAACAUCACCAAAGUCGAACAAUGCGGUACCGGAGCCGCGCUAUGCCAGGUGUUCGACAGUAUCUUCAUGGAUGUGCCCAUGUCCCGAGUCAAGUUUAAUGUCAACAGCGAAUAUGCGUAUAUCCAAAACUUCAAGGUCCUCCAGAGUGAGCAUUCUCCGAACCCUAAUGCCAAGAUAACACCCGCCAUCAACCCCUCUCGCAUCAACGCGAUCAAUGAAUACGGUCCUCGCAUGGGCACAAAGAGGCCAUCGGCGCUCUAA